AUGUUUUUCGGGGUGUUCGGUUACGGUCAACAUCUCCGGGAACUUCUCGUUGGCCGAGAACUCGACGGUUAUCGCCGGGAGUUUCCGUCUCGCGGCGGAAAACGCCGAUUUCGCGGUUGGCUAGGCGGUGGACACCACCGGAUUGGGCAGGGAGCCGCCUUCGGGGCGAGUGGGACGCCGGAGGGAGUGGAAGGAGCCGGUGGAGGGUACGGUGGGAGAGGUGCUUGCUGUUUGUACGAUACGACGGUGAAGCUUCCCGGGGAUGUGUGGGGUGGUGAUGUGUACGGUUGGUCGUCUCUCGAGAAGCUGGAGAUUAAUGGUAGCAGAGGUGGGUUCACGAGUAAUGAGGUUGACUACGGUGGACGUGGCGGCGGGACGGGGGGGAUGGAGGGGUUAGGGCGUGUGGGGGCUAAACGGCAGCGUUUUAGCUGA